UUUAGACCUGGGACACCAGCUGUGUGCUAUUACUUAUUAGGUAAGACAGAAAACCAGCAGGCUUCGGACCACGUAGGGUAAGAGUUGAAUACCCCUGCGGUCUACUCAGUGUGUGAAAAGGAGAGGAAAAGCUAUGCAGCUGGCAAGACGCAGGAGAACAAGGAAAAUAGCAACGGAGGACAGAAGCAAGUGAAACUGCCUGCCAUCUUGACAACAAUGCACCUGACUAUAAACCUGCUGUGCCUGCUGGUCCUGACCUUUCACCCUGACCUGGCCAUGGGAGGAAGAUCCCAGCGCAAACAAAGGCAGGCUGAGGACAGUCUAAGACCAUACCUGGGAAGAGUGGACCCAGUCCAACUGUGUGAGCUGCUGAAGUGUCACAGUCCAAUGGGAUCCUGGUGCCAAGUGGUGCAGGACAACGAAGUCCUCGUCCCAAAGUGUGUGUGUCCGAAGACCUGCCCACGGCAGGGGGCACCAGUGUGCAGUGUUCUGGGAAAGACCUAUGGGAAUGAGUGUCUGCUGCAUAGAGAAGCCUGCCGCAAGAGACGUCGCAUUGGACUGGCUCAUAUAGGACCCUGUCUUGUUCCCAAGGCAAACUGCACAGAGGAGGAGUAUGGCCAAUUCCCAUACCGUCUAAUGGACUGGUUCCUCCUAUUAAGUCGUAUGGGAAAGUCUUAUGCCCCCUAUGCCCUGCCCCAGAGCUGCCUGAGCCAUACCCAGCGCACCCAACUAGCCCAGCGGCGGUUUGCCCUGCUAGACAAGAACAAGGACGGGAAGCUGAGCCAGAGGGACCUGAGGAAGUUGCGCUACAAGAGGAUGCCUCUCGAGCAAUGUGCUAACUUCUUCUUCCAGUCAUGUGACCAUAACAAGAACAGUAAGGUGACCCUGCAUGAAUGGAUCUCAUGUCUGGUGGAUCGCUCAGAGAGCUGGUUCCAAAACUUCAUGUCUAUGCAAAUGGGAUCCGGUAAGCUGUGUCCCAUGAAGACCGACAACCACCUUUGACCUGGACAAGAACACAUCUCCUCUCACUUGUCUACAUGUGCAUCUGUUUAUCACUGCUAUCUACAAUAAUAAGCAUACAAAAUGAUCCACUUUUCUCCACUCCCAGCAUCAUACUCCCCUAACUGUCACACUCAGUACUGUGUUUGUUUUUGACUUAUGACAUCUGUUUUGUGCCGGUCA